AUGGUACGAAGAGCCGCACCUCGAAGAUUUGACCGAGAAGCAGCGUGUUUUCCAAACAUGCCGUUCCCUCCCGACUUUGUGAAAGAGAUGGUAGAGAAGCACAGCAGGCUUAUCCCGAGAGCACUGAAGAAGAUUGACAAGCAGCUUCUAGAGGCUGGAAUUUCUCAGGAAGAAGUUGACAGGCUGAGUAAAGGACGAGACGGCGGGAAGAAGGAGGCAUACGCAAAGCUUGAUAGACUCGUCGACGCUAAACGGACCAUGCCACCAGAGGAGAGGGAAUACCGAGUACUGUUUGGCAAGCGGGACGGCGAAUGGCUGAGCCAGGAGCUGGCAGUGGACGCCGGCUGCACUCUAGUUGAAUUUGACAACCUGGCACGACAGUACGAGUACGGGCUGGCCAGAUGGGUGAGCAACAGAGCUGAUUCUAUGGCUGGCGAUGAUGACAAGCAUGGGAGUAACGGGAGUCUAAAUGAGAGUCAAUGGUUCUACAAGCUUGUACCAGCCAAUGAGAGCGUGGUUGAGCAGACCGAAGAAGGCUGGAAGAGACUCGAGACGGCUGAGCACUUUGAAAGCCUAAAGGAGAGGCAAAUCCAAGGCAGGACCAGAACAGUCCUGAUGUGCCAUGAAGAGACGAUGCGCAACCUGGUGUUGGUGACAGAUCCAGUACCCGAGCCAAAGCUCGAGCCGUACAGAAUCCUGUUUGGACCCCGGAGUGGCGAGAUAGAAGAGGACCAAGAGCAGAUCUUCCGCAUCGAGGCUGAGGCUGAUGUAUGGGCUGCCGCUCACGGCUUCGAGGGCGCUGACCCUUCCACGACGAUGGCUAUGCUCUAUCCCCUGCCGAACUGA